GAGGAGCAGGGACUGCAAACCGUUUUGCCAUUGCGGGCCAGUCCAUCGCCAAGACCGCACAGUUUAUUGUUUUCCAAGUCACCCGCCACCGCUCUCUGAUAAGUAGCUCUAUUUGUCUAGCUCUCGACACCUAUUGUAUAUUUUUCCACAAUUGUUGCGGAAUGAACUCGACGACGUGGACGGCGGGCGGUGCUCCGAAGCUGGGCACCCUGGACCUGUGCGUGUUCGGCGCGAUGCUGCUCGCGUCGGCCGCCAUCGGCUGCUACUUUGGCCUCUUCCGCGGCGGCCAGCGCAGCGCCGUCGACUACCUGAUGGGCGGCCGGCAGAUGGGCAUGCUGCCGGUGGCCCUCAGCCUCGUCGCCAGCUUCAUCUCGGGCAUCUCCAUAAUGGGCGACCCUGCCGAGGUGUACAGACAUGGCACGCAGUACUGGAUCAUCGGCGGAUCGGCCUUUGUGUCCAGCCUGGCCGUUGGCACCAUUUACGCACCUAUUUACCUCGAGUUGCAGCUCACAUCGUGCUAUCAAUACCUGAAACUGAGAUACAACGAGAGCGUCAGAAAAAUGGCCUCGGUCAUGUUCAUCAUUUCACAGUUCUUGUACAUUCCCAUUGUGAUCUACGCGCCUGCCCUAGCUUUGAGUCAAGUGACCGGCUUAAACGUGCACCUGAUAACGCCAAUCAUUUCGGCGAUUUGCAUUUUCUACACCACGAUCGGUGGACUCCGCGCCGUGGUGUGGACCGACACCUUGCAGACGUGCCUCAUGAUGAUGGCCAUGGUGGUAGUGAUCGCGAUGGGCGUCACCAACGUCGGAGGAUGGCAGAAGGUGUGGGACGCGGCGGACCGGGGUGCACGACUCGAGUUUUUCAACAUGAACCCCAACCCAUUGGAACGACACACAUUCUGGACUGUUCUAAUCGGGCAGUCCGUCUAUAUGAUGUCGUGGUGCGCCACCAGCCAGGGCAUGGUGCAGAGAUACCUGGCGGUGCCCGACCUGCGCACGGCGAGACAGUGUCUGCUGUGCUUCGCCGUCGGCCUGGCAUCCGUGAAAGGACUGAGCGUUGCCACCGGACUUCUGCUGUACGCAGAAUACGAAAACUGCGAUCCGAUUUCAGAACAACGAGUGACGAAGCAGGACCAAAUUUUGCCUCUUUAUGUCCUCGAAACUGCUGGACACAUUCCCGGCCUAAGCGGACUUUUUGUCGUUGGAGUUUUUAGUGCAGCUCUGAGCUCAAUGUCCACGGGUUUGAAUGCUUUGUCCGGUGUGCUGGUGGAAGACCUUUUUGCCCGCUGGAUACCACCAACGGGAUUUUUCAGCUCGGCGCUGUGGCUCAGGGUGGCCGCCCUGAGCACCGGCAUCGUUUGUGUUCUGCUCGUGAUGGCAGUCGAGCACCUGGGCAGCGUCCUGCAGAUGGCUCUCAGCCUGGGAAGCAUCACCAACGGCACCAUGCUCGGCCUCUUUACAAUGGGCAUCUUUUUCCCCUUUGCAAACAGCAAGGGAGCGCUGGUGGGCACAUUGUCAUCGCUCGUCCUGAACGGAGGGCUCGUCCUCUCGACGCAAUUCGCCCUGGCCAGAGGUGCCCUCCGCCAUUCCUUCCUACCGCUGUCAACAAUCGGCUGCUCGGAAAACUCCACAACUAUUGCUAUACCUACGGAGCCGGUGUCUGACGUGUGGCCAUUGCUGGAGAUCUCCUACAUGUACUACAGUCUGAUCGGGGCGGCUCUCGUCCCGAUGGUGGGUCUUCCUGUCAGCUGGCUAACAGGUGGCCGCCACAGAAAACUAUCGCCACAGCUUUUCAGCCCAUAUGUGCACAGGUUUCUGCCUUCGACAGACCUGCCUCAGGAGCAGGUUGAAAUUAAAUGAUUGCCUUAAAUUCCAUUAUUUUUGGAAUAGAAACAUCUUCCGAAUUUAUUUGCCGAGAAAAUCCUGAAAUUUUGACUUUCUUCUCGCUUCUCGCACACCUUAAAGUGAUAUAUUCUAUUUUUGCGAGAACGAUAAAUUAUUUCAUUAUGUUCCAUUUUUUCGGAAGUUUUUUCGCGCACAUUGCGCUGGCAAUACUUGAAGUUUGCAUAUUUAUAACACGUAAAAAGCAUAACAGGCAUUACAGGAAACAUUUGUUAAUUUAAAAAUUUAAAAUAAAUUAUAUUUCAUAGGAUGGUUAAUAAUAGUGUAAACCGCCAAUAUACACAAAAAUAUAUUUUUAACGAAUUAACAAAUUAGGACGCAUUGAAAAGGAUCUUUAAAAUUCAACGUUUUAGUUUUUAAAGAAUCAUCUGUGCAUAUGUGAAGAAAUUUUUGAAGAAUAAAAAUGCCGCAAUGGAUUUUAGAAC